AAGUUCAUCGUAUCAACUAUCAACCCGACGUUCAACCAGGCUUCCGGUGACACACCAUGCGGUACAUUUUGAUCGUGUUUGCGGCGACAGUCGCGUGCAUUUACGCACAAAGCUUCAAGUGUCCACCCAAGGAUGGCCAGUACGAGGAUCCCCUGCAGUGCGACAAAUACUACGAGUGUAACGAUGGCCGUGCCACCGAACGGCUAUGCCCGGAUGGACUCGUCUUUGAUCCUACCAUUCGCAAGAUUAACAAGUGCGACCAACCCUUCAAUGUGGACUGUGGCGAUCGUGUAGAGCUUCAACCGCCCCGUGGAAACAACCUCUGCCCGCGCCGUAAUGGUUUCUUCGCCCAUCCGGAUCCGGCCGUAUGCAACGUGUUCUACAACUGUAUCGAAGGUGAAGCGACGGAAAUUACCUGCACGGCCGGGCUACACUUCGACGAAUAUACCGGCACAUGCGUCUGGCCGAACGAUGCCGGACGUCAGGGAUGCAACCCAGGCGCUAACAAGAAACUGAAGGAUGGAUUUACCUGCCCGAAGGAACAGAAAACAGAUGAAGCUGGACAGGUUGUGGCCCACCCGAAGUAUGCCCAUCCGACCGACUGUCAGCGGUUUUACGUUUGUCUGAACGGUGUGGAACCGCGCGAUCUUGGCUGCCAGGUCGGCGAGGUGUACAACGAGGAGACGGAACGGUGUGAUGCGCCCGAAAACGUUCCCGGAUGUGAGGAUUGGUACAAGGAGAGUGACGAGAAGAAGAACUAAAUAGGCU